AGCCAGUUGAAGUAAAAGCAAAACUCACUUUAGAGCUGAGAGGACUGUAAACUUUUUCAGGUGAAAAACACAGAGACAUGUCCUCAAAAAUGAGUGUCUCUGGGGAACAGGACACAAAUAAAGAUGAGAGUCUGAUUCAUCAGGGUAAAACAUCAGAUUCACCUGAACCCAGCUGUGUGUCCAUGAAGAGUGAUCAGUCAAUGAAAGCUCCAAUAGUGUUCGGAGACAGAGACUCCAGUACUGAACAAAGACCCCAGAAAAGUGCCGUAAAAAUAAGCAGCAUUAACCUGGAGUCUAUAUUUAAGGAUCUGGAGCACAAAGUCAUCACUCUGUUAAAGAAUGAGCUGAAGAGAUUUAAGAAGCUCCUGAGUCCAGAUUACCCAGCAUGCUCUGAGAGGGAGGUGGAGGAUGAGGAGGAUCAGAGCAGUGUCAGAGAGGGAGCGCUGAAGAUCACACUGCACGUCCUGAAGAACAUGAACCACACAGAUCUCGCUAACACACUGCAGAACAAACUUGUCUCUGGUAAUCAAAAGCUCAAAUCCAGUCUAAACGAGAAAUAUAAAAGAAUUAAUGAAGGAAUCUCACAUCAUGGAACCUCAGCACUUCUGAAUGAGAUCUUCACAGAUCUCUACAUCACAGAGGGUUGGAGUGGAGACGUCAAUUAUGAACAUGAGGUGAGACAGAUAGAGACAGCGUCCAGGAGACCAGCAACACAGGAGACACCCAUCAAAUGUAAUGACCUCUUUAAAGACAAGUCCAUCAGAAGUGUGCUGACUAAAGGAGUUGCUGGAAUUGGAAAAACAGUCUCUGUGCAGAAGUUCAUUCUGAACUGGGCUGAAGGAAAAGCAAAUCAGGACGUCACCUUCAUGUUUCCACUUCCCUUUAGGGAGCUGAAUUUGUUGAAGCAUAAAAAUCUCAGUCUGAUCAAACUUCUUCAUCACUUUUUCCCAGAAAUAAAAGAAUUACAAUUAAUAGACUGUGAGAUUAACAAAUCCAUGUUCAUCUUUGAUGGUCUGGAUGAGUGUCGACUUCCCCUAAAUUUCCAGAACAAUGAGAGUUUGUAUGAUGUGUCAGACUCAGCCUCAGUGGAUGUGCUGCUGACAAACCUCAUCAAGGGGAAUCUGCUUCCCUCUGCUCUCCUCUGGAUAACCUCUCGACCAGGAGCAGCCAAUCAGAUCCCUUCUGAGUGUGUAGACCAGGUAACAGAGGUACGAGGGUUCAGUGAUCCUCAGAAAGAGGAGUACUUCAGGAAGAGGAUCAGUGAUCAGAGCCUGGCCAAUAAAAUCAUCACACACAUGAAGUCUUCAAGAAGCCUCUACAUCAUGUGCCACAUCCCAGUCUUCUGCUGGAUUUCAGCCACUGUUCUAGAGAGCAUGUUGGUUGAAGCAGAGAGUGGAGAGAUCCCCAAGACUCUGACUCAAAUGUUCACACACUUCCUGAUCUUUCAGAUCAAACACAAGGAAAAAAAGUACCAUCAGAAAUGUGACCCUGAUCCACGGAAGACCAGAAAGAGUAUCCUGGCACUGGGAAAACUGGCUUUCCAACAGCUGGAGAAAAGAAACCUGAUCUUCUAUGAGGAAGACCUGAGAGAGUGUGGCAUUGAUGUCAGAGAAGUGUCAGUGUACUCAGGAGUGUGUACCCAAAUCUUCAGAGAGGAGUUUGGGCUUCACCUGGGGAAGAUGUUCAGCUUUGUACAUCUGAGUGUUCAGGAGUUUCUGGCCGCUUUAUACGCAUUUCUCUCCUUCAUCAGCAGAAAUGUAACAGAACAACAAACCACUGAUCUGUCUGAUCUUUUCAGAAAGUCAAACAUGUCUGAUUUCCUCAGGAGUGCAGUGGACAAGGCCUUACAGAGUGAGAAUGGUCACCUGGACCUUUUCCUCCGCUUCCUUCUGUGUCUCUCUCUGGAGUCCAAUCAGUCUCUCUUACGAGACCUAAUGCCCCAGAUAGGAAGCAGCUCUCACAGCAAACAGGAAACAGUCGACUACAUCAAGGAGAAGAUCAGGGAGAAUCCAUCUCCAGAGAAAUCCAUCAAUCUGUUCCACUGUCUGAAUGAACUGAAUGAUCAUUCUCUAGUGCAAGAAGUACAGCAUUACCUGAAAAGAGGAGAUGACUGGUGUCUCAGUGGAGUCAGACUCUCUCCUGCUCAGUGGUCAGCUCUGGUGUUUGUGUUGCUGAACUCAGACGAGAAUCUGGAUGAGUUUGUUUUGAAGAAAUAUCAGUUAAAAGAUGACUGUCUUCUGAAGUUGAUGCCAGUCGUGAAAAUAUCAAGAAAAGCAGUAUUGCGUCAGUGUAAUCUCACAGAGAAAAGCUGUGGAGUUCUGUCUUCAGUUCUCAGCUCAACCCGCUCCAGUCUGAGAGAACUGGACCUGAGUUGCAAUUAUAAACUGAAGGAUUCAGGAGUGAAGCUGCUCUCUGCUGGACUGCAGGAUCCACACUGUAAACUGGAGAUACUGAAUCUGCGUGAGUGUUUACUCACAGAGGAAAGCUGUAGAGCUCUGUCCUCAGUUCUCAGCUCAAACUCCUCCAGUCUGAGAGAACUGGACCUGAGUUACAAUAACCUGCAGGAUUCAGGAGUGAAGCUGCUCUCUGCUGGACUGGAGAAUCCACACUGUACACUGGAGACACUGAGGUUGGUAGGCUGCAGUAUUACAGCUGAAGGUUUUGCGGCUCUGGUUUCAGCUCUGAGGUCAAACCCCUCAUCACACCUGAGAGAACUGCAUGUGUACUGGAAUAAACCAGGAGAAUCAGGAGUGAAGCUGCUCUCUGAUCUAAUAAAGCACCCACGCUGUAACCUGAAGAAAAUACAGUUGGAGCAGUUUUUCAGUCUCACACGUGGAAAAUUAUGCGGAUAAACGUAAUGCAGUACAAAGUGUUUUAAAGAACAGCUGGGAAACCUGAAAUUCUGAUGUCUUACUUUUCUCCUUUAUUGACAAUGAAGAUUUAGCUUUAAUAAUGAUUUGAUCUGGUUAAUCAGAUGGUGUAUGUAAGAAUGUUCCUGUCAGAACUUUAUUUUUUCUCCAGAGUUUCAUGUUUACAAACAAUCAGAGAAGUAAUAAAGUAAACCUACAUAUGCGUUAUCUACUAUCAUGUAGCUAAAAUACAUAAACUGAACAGUAAUUAAUCUUUUCUUAUUAAAACUGUUUAACAGCAAAACAGAACCUUAUUGUACAUAUAAUGUGCCAUUUAAUUUAGAUUUGUCCCUAUACAAAGUUUUACAAUAGUUAUAACUGAAGCAGGGUACAGAUUUAUUAAGUUAAUUUCCUGUUCAUGCUGAUACAGAUGUAUAAUUUGGGUAAUUUUGUACAUAAUUAUGCUUCAAUGAUUCACACAUUAAUAAACGUACAGCAUAUAAUAAUAUAUGUUCAAUAAUUAAGGUAAUUAAAGUGUGUGUGUGUGUGUGGUGUAUAGUUGCACUCAGAAUUAUUCAACUUCU